GUGGGAUCACAUGCAUUUGUCCGUAGUUUCACGUGGCGUGCUCCUCCUCGACUCUGCUCCCCACCCCACCCCAAACGUAUUUGCAUGCCAUUCCCCCCCUCCGACUCCGAUUGCAUCGACACCACACCUUGCUUGAAUCUGCACAUCACCUUCCGUGGAUAUAAACGAGAUGUCAAUUUCGAUGUGACCGAGGGAGAUGUGUUUGUGUGUGUGUGUGUUUUUCUUUUCAUUUUGGUUCUUGGCCGGCUCUUCAUCGCCCUUUUCCACUUGGUUUUUGUUGGCUCUGUUGUGUUUGUGCUUCCCUUUCCUCGCGACCGCGACUCGGAUCGGAUCUCUCUCCUGUGUAGAGCCAUGCUGUGCUGUGCUGGUAGUAGCAGCAGCAGUAGCAAUGAGUAGUCCAGUCCACAGCUCCAAGAACACGUGGCCGUCCUUUCCUUGCCUCUCCCUAUCGGUAUUCGGUAACGCAGGGGGAGGGCGCCACCGGCUUUAACCAUGGCCUGUCGCUUUUGCCUCGUCUGGUCGGCUGGUCCCUCUGCUCUAUCCCAUCCCCCUUGAGCAGGCUAUUCUUCACUGCUCGGGGAUUUGGAACAAAGGCCGUGGUUCGAAGCUGGUGUGUUCGUUCAAUUGUGCGGAAAGAAAGGCCAGUGUUAUGUGUGAAGUAGUGAAGGCUAGCAGGUAGGCUGGCUCUCGCCUCGCCGAGCGAUGGAUCUCGAGUUCGGUAGGGGCCUGAGGUCCCCAAAGAGAGACUCGUGGAAGACCACCUUGCUGCUGGCGUACCAGAGCCUGGGGGUGGUCUACGGCGACCUCAGCAUCUCUCCGCUGUACGUGUACAAGAGCACCUUCGCCGAGGACAUCCAGCAUUCGGAGACGAACGAGGAGAUCUUCGGCGUGCUCUCCUUCGUCUUCUGGACGCUCACCCUCAUCCCUCUCGUCAAGUAUGUCUCCGUUGUCCUGCGAGCUGACGACAAUGGCGAGGGAGGAACGUUUGCCCUCUACUCUCUGAUUUGCAGGCACGCCAAUGUGAGCCUCCUCCCGAACCGGCAGAUCGCCGAUGAGGAGCUUUCCACCUACAAGCUGGAAUGCCCUCCUGAAAUCACCGACAAGUCCCGCAUCAAGGUGUGGCUUGAGCGGCACAGGAAGCUGCGCGUCGCUCUGCUGGUCAUGGUUAUGAUCGGGACAUGCAUGGUUAUCGGGGACGGUGUUCUCACGCCAGCUAUAUCCGUGUUCUCGGCAGUUUCAGGCCUGGAGUUCUCGCUGUCCAAGGAUCACCGUGAAUAUGCUGUCAUUCCAAUAACCUGUGUCAUAUUAGCAUUCCUAUUUGCCCUCCAGCACUAUGGUACGCACCGGGUUGGAUUUCUGUUCGCCCCGAUAGUUCUAGCCUGGCUGUUCUGCAUGAGUGCUCUUGGCCUUUAUAAUAUCAUCCACUGGAAUCCUCAGAUCUACCAAGCUCUAAAUCCGUCUUACAUGUUCAAGUUCUUAAAAAAGACUAGAAAAUAUGGAUGGAUGUCACUUGGUGGAAUCUUGCUCUGCAUGACAGGAUCAGAAGCAAUGUUUGCAGAUCUUGGACAUUUCUCAUACAGUGCAAUCCAGCUUGCUUUCACUUGUCUAGUUUACCCCGCACUGAUUUUGGCAUACAUGGGUCAAGCUGCUUACUUAUCAAAACAUCAUGACUUUUACUCUAGCUCACAAGUUGGAUUUUACAUCGCAGUUCCAGAUAAGAUCAGAUGGCCAGUGCUUAUAUUGGCAAUUUUGGCUUCGGUGGUCGGAAGCCAAGCAAUCAUCAGCGGAACAUUCUCAAUCAUCAACCAGAGCCUGUCCCUGAGCUGCUUCCCUCGAGUGAAAGUUGUACACACAUCUGAGAAAAUUCAUGGCCAAAUAUACAUCCCCGAGAUCAAUUGGUUGCUUAUGAUCCUCUGCAUUGCUGUGACCGUUGGGUUUAGAGAUACAAAACACAUGGGAAAUGCAUCUGGUUUGGCUGUGAUCACAGUGAUGCUGGUGACCACGUUCCUGACAUCCUUGGUCAUCGUUCUCUGCUGGCACAGGCCACCGCUGCUGGCGUUGGCUUUCCUCCUGUUCUUUGGAUCCAUCGAGGCGCUUUACUUCUCCGCGUCCCUGAUCAAGUUCCUGGAAGGCGCGUGGCUCCCCAUCCUCCUGGCGCUCAUCCUGAUGGCCGUCAUGCUCAUCUGGCACUACACGACCAUCAAGAAGUACGAGUUCGACCUGCACAACAAGGUGACCCUGGAGUGGCUCCUCGCCCUCGGGGACAGGCUGGGCAUGGUCCGCGUCCCCGGCAUCGGCCUCGUGUACACAGACCUGACGUCGGGCGUCCCGGCCAACUUCUCCCGGUUCGUGACCAACCUCCCGGCGUUCCACCAGGUGCUGGUGUUCGUGUGCGUCAAGUCGGUGCCAGUGCCGUACGUAUUCCCGGCGGAGCGGUACCUCAUCGGGCGUGUCGGCCCGCCGGGCCACCGCUCGUACCGGUGCAUCGUGCGCUACGGCUACCGCGACGUGCACCAGGACGUGGACUCGUUCGAGACGGAGCUCGUGGAGACCCUGGCCACGUUCAUAACGCUGGACGCCUCGUACCGCUGCAGCGAGGCCAGCGAGCGGGAGCUGGAGCUGGAUCCCGGGGAGCAGGAGCGGCGGCUGACCGUGAUCGCGAGCAACCCGCUGCGGCGCCGCGCCAGCUACGACCUCCAGGACAGCGUGCAGCAUUCGGCAGCGUCCACCGUGGAGGUGCGCGCCACGGCCGCCGACAGCCUUAGCCCCAGGGACGCGGAGAUCAGCUCGGCGGCGGGGCCGAAGCAGGUGCGGUUCUUCAUCGACAGCCACGUGGUGAGCCCGGAGGCCGCGGAGAACAAGCAGGUUGCGGAUGAGCUGGAGGCGCUGGCGGCGGCCCGGGAGGCCGGCACUGCGUUCAUCCUGGGGCACUCGCACGUGCAGUGCAAGCCCGGGUCGUCGGUGCUCAAGCGGUUGGCGGUGGACGUCGGGUACAACUUCCUGCGGCGCAACUGCCGCGGCCCGGACGUCGCGCUGCGCGUGCCGCCGGCGUCACUGCUGGAGGUCGGCAUGGUGUACGUGCUUUGAUUGAGGCUGAGACGAUGCGACUUUUUCUUAUGAACAUCUGAUAUAGUAAUCACGACUGUUGUCAGUUUUCCCAGUAACAUAAUGAGGCCGUUCUGUAUAGCUUAGCUUGUUCGUACUUCUACAGCUGCAAUAUAUAGAGUCAAAAUACUGUAGAAUUAGUAGGAGUCGGUAACGAACUCUGUGUGCACGUCUGUGCGUGAGCGUGUGCGUUUCAGGCCCAGUUUGGUUUUGCUUUUGGACAGCAUCA